GACUUUGUAUAAAUACAGAAGUUGGACCUAGAUACGAGAACAUUGACUUUUAGCUAAGAAGGGAACCACAUACGGAGAAUGAGUGUGUCAGUCCGGACAGAUAUCUUGGGUGCACCACUGCUACAUUCAAGGUCUCUGAUAAAUCAAGCUAAAUCUGUAGAUCCGCGAGUUGAGUUGGAUUUGUAAAUGAGACCAGUUUAUAAAUGUUUCAAAUCCUUUACAGUGUUUUAAAAAGAUAACUUGAUGGUCUUUGUGAGACUAAUCCAAGAAGUCGGUGAAAUGUCCACCCGUCACCUUUUUUGUAACAACAUGACCACAUGAACCGUCCACAUCACUACUGAAAUGUAUCUGCCAAAGAUCACACGUCUCCCCUCAGUAAGGCUGCUGAGCUCCAUCCAGCAGCAGCUGCUCCUCCCCUCUAUCCCUCCUCCUACUGCGCCCAGAAGAGCGGUGAGUCAGGGUGAAUACAGACGACCCGGCCAGCCCAAAGAGGACAAGUUCCCGUGGCAGCCGAUUAACUUUGGCUUCUCAAAGGGUUUUGAGGGGAUAAAGAAGCAUUUCAAACUGUUGAAGAAGGAGUUCUCCGACCGCUGGGUGGGUCCAGAGGGAAAACCCCUCCUUGAGCACAUGCUGGAGCAGAACCGAGUGAUGUGGGAGUUCAGAGGCCCAGAGAGCCUGGAGCAGUGGACGGUGUCCUCGGAUCGGGAGAUCGGAGGCCAAAGCGAAGUUCACCUGAAGCUCGGCAAAAACAAUAAUACCUGUUUUCUGUACGGGACUCUGAACUCGACUCCUCCGAGGGAUGGAGAAACGCGCUACAGUGGCUACUGCACCUUGCGCUCAGAGCAACCACGGGCUUCAUUCGAUAGAAAAAAGCACCACGAUCUCUCCAGUUUCAACACCCUGCAUUUGAGAGUCCGCGGUGAUGGACGUCCGUGGAUGAUCGGCAUUGCCACAGAAACGUACUACUCUCACCAGAAAAAUGACAUGUACAAUUAUUUCCUGUAUACCAGGGGAGGACCCUACUGGCAAGAUGUGAAGAUACCGUUCUCCAAGUUCUUCCUCACACAUUGCGGGAGGAUACAAGACGACCAGCACCCUGUCUGGCUGGACAAGAUGAACACCAUUGGAUUUACCUUGGCGGAUAAAGCAGACGGUCCGUUCCAGCUGGAGAUUGAUUUUAUUGGCGUCUGCAAAGAUUAUGCUCACAGUGAGGAGUUUGCCUAUGAGGUGUACAAGAGAAAUCCUGAAAUUUAAACACUGGAAAUGAACAGUCAUUGAAUAAUGGCGAGGUUAUACUGAAUCCAUCGUUCUUCGUAAUGAGUUUUUUUAUUAAAAAGACUAUUUAGAUUGUAGCAGACUGGGAUACUUUGAAAAUGUGGCCAAUUCAGGACUUGUAGAAGGAGAAACACAAGGUAGCAGGUGACAUCUCUGGUCUUUUAAUUACAGGACAUUAACUGAAACAAUCUUCUGCUUUAUAAAAAUUAAAUUAAAGUGGUUUAUCUUGUUCCAAGUCCUGUGUGCGGCACAUUUUCCUCCAACAGAUCUAAAAAUAGAACCAUUAACAAUAAAAAAUACUUCAUGUGA